CGGAAUCGAAAUAUGUUCGAUCACUAUCGAUAUCGAUCGAUAUCAAUAUCAAUCAAUCGAUCUUGAGUGUGCGCAUUUUCGAUAAAGCCUCCAUUGCGAUUGCAGAGGAGCCAUCGUAAAAUUCUUCUGGCUCGGAGUGCGGCAACGUAUAUCAUGUCAGAGCAUGAUGAUACAUUACUGGAUGAAGAUCUCGAGGGGGACGAGGAAUACGAUUUGGGCAAUGAUGAGGAAGAAGCCCUUUUAGCUGAUGACUAUGAGAUAGAGAGGCAGAAUAGCUAUAAGGGAGAAGAGGAAACAGAUGAUGUACUGGACUUAGGAGUCACGGACGCGCUCGACGACUUAGACGGCGAAGAUGAAAAUAUAGAGUUUAGUAGAGGCAAUACUGAUAAACGUAGCGAUAACGAUUUCUAUAAGGAUGAAGAGCAUUCGGAAGCACAGACCACUUAUUACAAGCGAGACGAGAAUGUUGAGUACGCGAACGAGCAGGCACGCCAGUCCGACAGAAAUUCGGACUGCAAUAGCAUCAACGUGUCGAACAAUGUCGGUGAUCUGCGCGAGAAGCUGCAGAAAAACAUGCAGAAGGUCUACGUUGGCAACGGGCAAGGAUUGGAGGAUGACGACUGUGAAGAAGCGAAGGAGAGGCGGAACAGAUUUCAAAACGAGCGUACGAUGAUCUCGCCGAAGAUGAACAAUGCUAUCCCGGACACGCUGGAAAACGUCGUCACGUCGGAACCAUCAGCCAGAGCGCCGUUCAGAGGACGCGGAAGAGGAGGACGCAUCGCAAGAGGCAGCAGGGGAGGAAGAUUUAAUGUGCCAAAUACUGGAAACUUCAAUCCAAGGUUUGGUAACGGGUCGCGGUCAGGUUUUGAUAACCCGCCGCCUGCGUGUAGACCACCGCUAUUGGAAACCAGACCGUUGUGCCUCCUUGGUGUACCGAACAACAUACCGAAUCAGCAGCUAAUGUAUCAGCAGGGUAAUCCGCAGCAGCCCUUCCCACAGUUCGGCCCGAACGGUCCUAUGCAGGCUCCGACGCAAUUCGUGGAGAACAGGCCGCAGGCCUUCAAUCCCGGACAAUUUCAGAGUCCGGUAGGACCGCGCGCGAAUAUGGGCGUCCCGCGUCUCGAGUACGGGCCCAGAGCAGCCGGUGGUCCUAUGAUGGGUGGUGGAACGAUGCAGGGACCGGGCUACAAUUGUCCGCCGAAUCAGUCGCCGUAUCAUCCGAUGCAACCGUUUCAGAAUCCAGGUGGUCUUAUGCAAGAGAACCAGAUGCGACCGAUUCAUCCGGGUAAUCAAGGUCCACCGCCGUUGCAGGGGAAUCCGGGAGGUUCACUUUUAGGAAACCCGAGCAUGCUGUUGACCGGUGGAAACCCGUUGCCACUAUUACCGUCGGGUAAUCUCCCGUUGCCUAUGCAGCAGGGAUUCCCGCGACAACAAGGCCCACCACCACCACCACCGCCACCACCACCCUCUCAUGGUCCGCCGUCUAUGCAACAACAAAACCUGCCGAGCACGCAAAUGCCUAGUCAGCAAUCGCCUUACGAGAACAGACUACCGUUCCAAGAGCCGCAGCAGUUCGACAGCCGGAAUACGUACAACGGGAGACCUGGUUAUCCCGAUCAAGUACCCAAUAACCAAUUUAAUAAUUCGAUGCAACCACCUGUACCGCAACAGUCGGCGUCUAAUGUACACAGUGUGUCUUUACCUCCAGGCCACAAGAUUCUAAUCAAUCCUCACUUUAGAGGUGCUGUUCAACCGACGAACGAUGCUCGGCUCGUUUGGGAUACUAACCAACAAGUGCAGCCGCAAGUCUCUCACAGCGGACAAUUUCCGCAAAAACUCCCUUCGUCGUAUCAGAAUCAGGAACCCUACAAUCAAUCUCAACAAGGUAGAUCGCAAGGUCCAUCACAGGAUCCAUCACAAGGUCCAUCGCAAGGUCCAUCGCAAUACCAGCAAAAAUAUCAGCAAAUCAAGAACGACGACCCCUAUGCUUAUUUCUCCGACGUUUGGCAAGAGAACAGGCCGCAAAAGUCUCAAAAUGUAAGCCCGACCAAGCAAUAUGUUCCGGACAAUUACUGUCGGGAUAAUAAUUACAGCGAUAGUAAUAAAUACAAAUUGGAUAGCCAAUGGGAUCAAAGGAGUAACUAUCAAGAAGAUCACAGAGGACCUUCCCAAAACUAUCGGGAAAGAGACUUGCCGCUACGACCAAGGAACGAUCAUAUGCAGCGCAGCAGAUCACCGACGAAUACAUAUCGCGGUGACUCGUAUGAACACAAUCACAGUCAGAAGUCUUCUAGAUCGAUAAACGUAGUACAUCGAGAGCCGAACAGACCGCCGCAAAAGAGGAUCUCUGAGUCGAUAGACAGAGCACCGCGAGAAAUGAGCCCGAAACGCAGUAAACCGACUGAAAACAGAAAUCUUCAUGAGAUACGGAGAUUGAAUACGAUAGACGAAACAGUCACCGAGAAGAGGGAGGAAGACAAUGAUCCGGAGAUGCAGGAGUAUCGGAAAAAAAUGGAAGAACAAAAACGUCUUCGGGAGAAGCUGUUACGUGAGAAGGAGAACAGGCGCAAAAUGGCCGCGAUGGAGAAACAAAAUGAAGACGAGAAGAUUGAUUCAAAUGUCGUAGCAAACGAAAUCGUACAGCAAGAUACGAAGCCUGUGUCAACGCUGAUGGGAGUUAUAAAGGACGGCAUCACCAACGUUAAAGCUCGACCUGGUGUCAGUAAAGGACGCGGUCGUCCUGUCAAUUCACAGAGCACAGAGGCAACAGACAGACCACUUAUGCGAAUCGUUAGAGCGAUACAGACUACUGUUCAGACCAACGAUCUGAUGACGCGAAACGACACUGUCGGUGCGAAAGACGAUAACCCCGAGAACGCGCUCGACGAAGCCGGCGAUGUACAAACUAGGCAAAUGACACAACAGCCCGGCACACGAAGAGUCGUGAUACACAAGCCGUUACUCAAUUCGAAAAAGAUCGCCACCACCAUACAGAAGACAGUCUCCAAUCUGCAACGUAAUCAAGGAUUACAGCAAAAAAUGCCUAACACGCAGAUCAUGCAAGUACAGAAAAUUGUACAGAAUUCAGGAAACACGUUACAAAAAUCGGCGUUAGUUGUUGGACAAAGAGUCGGUCAGAUGAAUGUUGGUCCGAGAAUGGUAGCGCACAAAGCGCUAAGUGGCCUGCAAAAGACCGUUGUCAACGUUGAUGGGACUAGUGGCGGUCCCCUUCAGAGAAACGUCAACACGCCCAACUCUCAGCGAAUCGUGUUGCAAAAGACCAACACGGUCCCAUCGAGAAAAUUGCCCGAGAUCAGGAGCAACACGGUCAGUCUCGAGAAUUUGGCCGCGAGCACGUCCGAGGCACAAAUUAGACGUAUGUGUCAAGGGAUUGGAACCAUUGAGAGCAUACGUAUGGGCGAGGGUAAUGCCACGAUUGUGUUUAAGACACAAUCCGCUGCCAUGGUGUUUCACAAGAAAUACCAGCGUAAAAUGCUUGAUCUAUCGCUGAUAACCGUGCGUCUCGUGCCACAAACGGCCGGCAGUAAGGUGGUAACGGCGAUCGUAAAGAAAUCUUAAAUAGAGAAAAAUCCUCGAGAUAAUAAUAGCUUUGGAAUUAUUGUACCCUCUUAUAAACAUUAAUUCAACGUUGUACGCGCGGCUUCGCGAGGAAACAAUAGUGUUAGACCACACCUCUUUUCUUCUUUUUCUCUCGUUUCAACAGUUGCGACUCGUUGGAGCUGUCUAAUAGGGAUAGAAUACACAUCUAUAUUUUAUACUACGUAAACACUCACUGAACUUGUUCCCGAUGCACUACAGAGAUUUGUAAAUUUUAGGAAAGAAUUUGCUUCACGAAAAAAUGGUAAAUUUUUUUUUAACUACAUUGACGGACUAGAAUAUUCUUAGUGAAUUCCUUUGUACAUAAUGAGAAAUUGUAUAUUUCGUAUAAAAUGAUGUAUAAUGUCCGUACGAAAUAAAGUAGCCAGCAGCAACAA